CAAACUAAAUUCUCAUACCUGUCUCUACCUGUCCUAACGCAUGUUUAAGUGAGUGAGUGGGGAAACUGCUCAGUCAGUGCGAUCAGAGAAGACAACGCAGACUUGAACGCAAGCCAACUGGAAGUACAUUGACAUUGGCUACGACUCUCAUGGAAGCCCUAAGAUCGAAGAGAGUUGUCUGCAGCAGGAAACUCAGUAAGAGAGUUGAAAGUGAGAAUAGAGAAGACAAGAUGGCAGAGAAUAAGACUGCUAGUAAUCUUGGUGGCAACUUAGGGGCUGGAGCUGGUAUAUUUGCCAAACGCGUCCAGAAAUCAUUCAACAGAGCGCAGGAAAAGGUUUGGCAAAAGCUUGGGAAGAGUAUUGAGACGAGAGAUCAACAGUUUGAAGAGUGCUCUCUGAAUCUCAAUAAACAGCAGACUGACGGAGCGAGGCUUUUCAAGGACGUCAAGGCCUACUACACCGCUGUCAAAGUUAUCCACGAGACAUCUAAAAAGCUCUCCCAGACGCUCCAGAGUGUCUAUGAGUCUGACUGGGAAGGGAGGGAAGAUAUACCAGUCAUUAUGGAGAGUGAGGAUCUUCUGUGGAAUGACUAUGAGGAGAAGUUGAAAGAUCAGCUCAUGCGCACCAUGGAGAACUACACCAGUCAAUUUCCUGAUGUCAGAGAGCGGGUGGCCAAGAGGGGCAGGAAGCUGGUGGACUACGACUCAGCCCGUCACCAGCUGGAGACGUUACAGAGCGCCAAGAAGAGAGAUGAAGCCAAGAUAAGCAAGGCAGAGGAAGAGUUUAACUCGGCGCAGAGCAUCUUCGAGGACAUAAACAAGGAGCUCAGGGAAGAGCUGCCUCAGCUCUAUCAAAGCCGAAUUGGAUGCUACGUGACCGUUUUCCAGAACCUCUCCAACCUCAGAGAUGUGUUCUAUAAGGAGAUGAGUGUGCUGAAUCAUGAACUCUACAAUGUGAUGAAGAAACUGGACACUCAACACUCGGGCAGUACUUUCAUUAUUAAGGGACUCUCCAGCACCAAGUCGAAGAAGAGGAAGUCCCUGGCCAUUUCUGCUCCCAUCCCCUGCAACACUGCCUUCCCUUCCAAUCACCAGAGCUCUGCCCAGUCCACCCCACAACGGAUGAGCACUUCGGAAGACUGCAACGUUACCACGGAUACAGCCCCCGACGAGACGGUGCGUCAUGGGGACAGCACCUCGGACUUGGAGUCCGUCAGCCUGACUGACAGCGACACGCCUUCGACCCACCGACUCUCCAUGUCAUCCGAGGGGGACCUCCCCAGGACUGCGGCGUCGCCGUCGGCCAACGAGAACGGACACCAGAGCUUUGAAGUGGCCCAGUCAGAAGAUGGCUCGGACAAGCAGCAAGAAGACGUUCAACAAUGCGCGGACGCGUCCGACGCGAAAGCGGCCGAGGCUGAAAGCGAAGCGCCAAAGUCACCAGGAGCCGAUAAACCCAGGCGACCACCUCUCCCUAUGCCACGCCUCUCCUUGACCCCCGCAGACGGCACGACCCAACCUGCCGAAACUCCAGCUGCCAAUAAUGGACAGGCGGAAGAGGAGCAGGAGCCACAGGAGCAGCAGCCAGACGCAGGUGCACCAGACACCACCGCAACAGCAGACAGUGCGGACACGGCAACGAACGCAGCCACCGCUGAGGACAGCAGAGCGGACGAGAGGUCGAGUGAACAAACGGAGGUGUCCGCUCCAUUCUCAGACCCUGAGCCGGACAGCUCCAAACCCCCUCGCUUUCUCUACAGGGCCAAGGCCCUAGAGACUCAGACGUCUGACGAUGCCAUGCUGCUGGUGUUUGAAAAAGAUGACAUUAUCCUCGUGUUUCACGACUAUGAGGAGAAGCCCGAGGGCUCUGUGUGGGGUGUGAGGGAGGAGGACUGGCUCAAGCUCCCAGAUCUGGACUUGCUCUCAGGGACUGUCAUGGAGAACCUGAUCCAGCGCCUUGAUGCUGACUGAAGGCCAGCAACCCUGUCACCACCCCCAUACCCAGGUCUUCACCUCUGACCACUUUACCCGGACGUGCUGCAUCCGACGUGCUCCCUGACUCAGUGCCAGUCACCCAUAACAACCAGAGGACGUCAGCAGUGUUGCAAGCAGUCACAAGACGGAGCUCUGGUCAGUUUCAGCUCUUUGCACGAACAACAAACUUUGCCCAGCAUUGCUGCAGUGUACACUCUCCAGCUCACACUCUGAUAGUGAUUUCUUAUACAGUAUUGUGCCUUUUUUUCUAAUCUCUAUAGCCAGAGAUGCACACCCCUGUUAAAGGGGGUGUAGGGGGUCCAAGAACAUGGAUUAGUUCCUUCCUUCCUUCCUGGCGAAGUUCAAUUGGAGUAUGUGGUAAACCUUCUAAUAGAAGAGCCCUAUUGCUUCAUUCUCACAGAAGGAAAAAGCCAAAGAGCUCUUUGAUUAAGAGAGUUACCACGCACUCUGACUUAACUGAGCCAGACUAAGAACUAAUCCAUGUUCUUGCAGCCAGUGUUUUCCAAAUAACUAUUCAGCUGCAAACAAUGAGCCAGUUCAUGACAGACUUCUACAUUCCCCUGAAGACCAUGUCCGUCCCUGCUUAUGACUGGACUCAAUUUAUAACGGCUUCAUCACAGCUCUUACUCAGGCUAGAGAAUCUCCUACAAGAUGAGGUCAUCUUUUUUUUUUCAUUUUUAAAAUGUGCAUCUUUUUUAAACUGUGAAUGUUACAUUUUUGUGUCUUGAAUGUAGGCUAUUUCUUGCCUAAACGUUAUGUAUAAAACAUAAACAAAUGUAAUUGUAUACUUUCAUUCUGUUACAAGUCAUGUUUUCUAUACAAUAAAGUUACUUUGACCUUUA